AUGUUUCUGAUUCCCUGGAAGGUGGAGCCCAUCGCCAACAGGCAGUUUUCCUCGGCGGCGUCCGCCGCGGCGUCCUCGUCGGCGGGGCCGGCGCGGCCUGGCGGGGCUCGGAGGACUGCGGCCGCUAUCCAGCAGGCGGCGACGGCCGAGGUGCAGGAGAAGACCAUGGACUUCGCGGUGUUGGUGCUGCAGAGGGACCCGUCGGCAUGCGAGGAGUGUUGGUUCAUCAAGACCGUGCUCUACCCCAAGGCCUCGUGGAAAGAGUUCCUGGACCAGAUCGGCACAGACGUCGUCGCGCAGGGUCGCGUGGCCGACGCGAGGCGCGUCAAGCGGGGGGCCUCAAAGAUGUUCGACGAGGGGGAGGUCACCCACGGGCGUGUGACAGCAGUUGACGUUGAGCGUCCCUUCAUGAUCAUGAAUGAGAAAGAGUUGUCCAAAGAGGAGGACGGCUCGGGGGAGUACGAGGUGAUCUACUGGUUCCCAGACGCAGAGAAGUUUCGCAAGGCCACUGUGAGGCAGACGAUGUACGUCUGCAGCGACACUACGAUCAUGAGCCCGAGCAGCCAGGUGAGCCCUUUUCAAGCAGAUGAGCAGUUCUGGCAGAUGGUCAGCAACAAAAUGCAGAACCAGUGCGCUGACUCCAUCAACAGGCAGCAGCAUUGCCCUGGCGGGCACGGCUUGCUGUCCUUGGCCGAUUUCAAGAUGAAGGCGAAUCCCGAUGCUGCUCGUGCCGCUCCUGCCUCCUCGAGCCUUCCUGCUGGCCGUAAGGCAUAUCCGCCAGUACCUACGAUGGCUCCUGCGGCGCCUCAUGUCAUCAACGUGCCAGAAGAGACGCAGGAGGCAAGUGCGACGGCGUUGGACGACGACACGGAACCGCAAGAUUCUCCCGACCGCGGAUCUGGGGCUGCUGCUGCCGCCGCCGACGAGUGGGAGAUGCUGUCGGCCAGGGGCGGUAGCCCAAAGCGGACGCUGCCAGCCGAGAUGACUACCCCCAG